ACCAUGCGUCAGAUCCAUCCGCUUCACAAAAAAAAAGCGACAACCACCGCCACACACAAAAAAAAUCGAAAACCCUAAAGCUUCACCUCCCUGCGCUGACACGCGUGCCACAGAUCUCACGCAAGAUUUCACGCCCGCCUUUCAUUUUAUUUUCUUGCAUUUGCAAAUGUGGGUGUUGGAUUUUGUCUCUCUCUCUCUGCUCUGUGUGUGUGUGCUUGUUGUCGGGCGGGGAACUCUGUUUUUGGUGCGGAAGGAGUCGCUCUGCUGGAGGAGUCGGCUCCUCUCUAUGUGGGUGAAUGGAGGAGAGUCUUCCUGGAGAGUAAACACUCACGCACAGAACUAGCUGAUUACAUCGGAUCUCUCACCGUUUAACACUAAAAAAUCACCCCCAAACAUGCCUGCUGAUACUAAACAAAUCUAUGAGUUGGAAUCUGAAUUGUACUUCCUAAUAGCCAGAUUUUUGGCAUCGGGACCCUGUCAGAAGGCGACCGAGGUCCUGAUACGCGAAGUGGAGGAGAAGCAGCUGCUGCCGAAACGAAUAGACUGGAAGGGCAAGGAGCAUCCCAGGACCUACGAAAAUUUGGUGAAAACUCAUAGACACGUAGCUCCAGAUCAUCUGCUUCAAAUAUGUCAGCGACUUGGACCUCUCUUAGAAAAAGAGACUCCACAGAGCGUUCCAGGGGUUCAUUCGUUACUGGGAGCUGGAAGACAGUCUAUGCUUAGAACAAACAAAAGUUGUAAGCAUGUGGUAUGGAAAGGAUCAGCACUUGCAGCAUUGCAUCGAGGAAGACCCCCUGAGCCACCAAUCAAUUAUGGCAGCCCACCUAAUAUAGGUAUGCUUUUUUACAUUUAUGUUGCGUUCGGUUUCAUUUUGAUAGUGGUCUCACUGCCUUUUGCAUUUUUCAUUGAGUUAUCUGAGGGCUGGCAAUACUGGUGCAAUUGCGUAGCCUUCAAGUUUUUCCAUCAUUAGGUGUCAUAUGG